GUGCCAGCCGCAGCCCAAGCCUUUCGGGCAGAGGAGAAGGCAGGAUGUGUGCCAGGGCAUCCCGGGCGGCUGUGCCCGGCUUUGCAGCGUAAAGCAGCGCGGCCCAGCUCGAUGUCUGUGUCUGUAGGAGUGAGGCAGCAGGAGCCGUGGCAUGCUCAGGAGAGUGGGACUGUCCCUGCGUCACUUCUUGCUGGGGAGGAACAGCAGUGCUGGACAUAGCUCCUGCUCCAGAGAGGCAAAAAUGUCAAGGCCAGUGCAAGCUCGGAGGCUAGAGGGAAUAGAUAAAAAUAUCUGGGUGGAGUUUGUAAAACUGGCUGCUACCUACUCCAAGGUGAACCUGGGCCAGGGCUUCCCCGACUUCCCUCCACCAGACUUCCUGACGGAGGCGUUCACGAAAGCCCUCGGCGGGGGGAACCACAUGCUGCACCAGUACACCCGUGCCUUUGGCCACCCGCCUCUGGUGACAGUCCUAGCCCAGUUUUUCGAGAAGCUGCUUGGACGAGACCUGGAUCCUAUGACAAAUGUGAUGGUGACUGUGGGGGCAUACCAGGCCCUGUUCUGCUGCUUCCAGGCUUUAGUGGAUGAAGGUGAUGAGGUGAUAAUCAUUGAACCCUUCUUUGACUGCUAUGAGCCGAUGGUGAGAAUGGCUGGUGGGACACCUGUGUUUGUCCCUCUGAGACCGAAUCCUCCAAAAGAUGGAAAGUUGAUGUCUAGUGCAGACUGGCAGCUGGACCCAGCUGAACUGGCUUCUAAAUUCAGUGAACGGACAAAAGCCAUCGUCCUGAACUCACCCAACAACCCUCUGGGCAAGGUGUUCAGCCGUGGGGAGCUGGGGCUGAUUGCAGAGCUGUGUGUGAAGCACGACGUGCUGUGCAUCAGCGACGAGGUGUACGAGUGGCUGGUCUACGAUGGGAAGCAGCACAUCCACAUCGCCAGCUUGCAAGGGAUGUGGGACCGCACGGUGACUGUUGGGAGUGCUGGGAAGACCUUCAGUGUCACUGGAUGGAAGGUGGGCUGGACUGUGGGACCUGACAGGCUGCUGCAGCACCUUCGUACUGUGCACCAGAACUCAGUGUACCACUGUGCCACAAUUGCCCAGGAGGCCGUGGCUCAGGGUUUCCAGAGGGAGCUCAGGCUCUAUGGAAAACCAGAGAGCUACUUUGUCCAGCUGCCCAAGGAGCUGCAGCAAAAGAGAGACUGGCUGGUUCAGAGCCUGGAUGGUGUGGGGAUGAAACCCAUCAUCCCUGAGGGCACCUACUUCCUGGUGGCAGACAUCUCCCAGUUCAAAUCUGAUGUCCCUGAUGUCCCCAACUCAGAUGAGCCCUACGACUACAGAUUUGCAAAGUGGAUGGUCAAGAGCAAGGGGCUUGCUGCCAUCCCGCUCUCCGCUUUCUACAGCGAGGCCCACAAGAACAACUACACCAAUUUCAUCCGGUUCUGCUUUGCAAAGGAGGAAGCUACACUGAAGGCAGCAAAUGACAUACUGCAAAAAUGGAAACAGGAGAAAACCAGCUCCUGAAUACACUGGGAAAGAACCAGGCUGUCCUUGGUCCUCAUCUGUCCAAGCUGCUCUUCUUCUUCACUUGUCUACAAACUUGGAUAUGUUGUUACUUCAGUGCUUUCAACAACAUAUUCUGUCAAAUUUCAGACUAAUUUUUAAUUUUUUUCCAGGCCCAGGGCCUUGGGAACAUUUUCAGUCACUGUGAAAUUAUUUCAAUAAGUGAGACUUUGUGUGCCCUGACAGUAUUUGACAUUUCUUACAUGUAAAAACUUUGCUAAUCAGUUCUGGGAUGCAUCCAGCAACACACAAGGUGAGGAUGGCUCCUGCGGUCUGUCUCGCCACCAGAUUCUGAAAAGGUGUUUCAGGACAUGCCUUUAAGGCUGUGCUGGUUAGUGUGGCUUGUCUUAUUCCAAAACCCCACUCAGGGCAGCAUUUCCACCAGCCCUCACAUUCUUAUAGGACUAAACAGUAUCACCAGCUAUCAGUAGGGUGAUUCCUAUGAUCCUGAUGAUUAUAAACCAAAUGAAAUGACAUUUCCCAUCAUAAACUAUUUUCCCACUAUUUUUUUUCUGUGCAUCUCUGGGGAAGAUGACCACAGAAUUGGUUUGCCCUCAGGAAACAGGCUUUCACCAGUAGCCUGGCUAUUGUGGAACCUUCCAAAUUACUCCCAGUACAUUCUCAGGGCUUGGCAGCAUCAUCCAGGCUGCGGAGCAGAACCUUCUGGCCUUUGACAAGUGCACACAGUGGCAGGGGAGGAUGGGUACUAUGGCCUUGGCUGCUCCUACUGCAGGUGGCCACCACAACCUCCCACCCAAUGAGCUGGUGAGGUAACAUGAGCAAUUCUGGAGAGGUAAUUAUUGCAUCAGUGUCGAUUUCAGCCUGGAUAAGAGUGUAAAACAUCAGCCACGCAGGAGUUACAUGCAACAGACUGUGCAAUGAGUGUUUGUAGCAGUUAAAUUAUUAAAGUGGAAUUACUGCAAUCA